AUGUCAGAAGAGAGGGAAGAAAACGGGAUAUCUAGGGCUACGCUGAAUACGCAGCGACUUUCAGCAAUGAUCGAUUCACUGAACAAUGAGAAAGAUGACAGGCUCUUUCCAUCUCCCACAACUACCAGGACAAUGAUCACAGAGGAAAAGGCGGAUCAAAGUGAUGUCUUUAAACCACCAUCGAGAUUGUUGAGAUCACCUGCUGGUGACGUUUCGCUGCCACCUGGUGAUAACAGAUCAAGUAUGAUUUCCAACUACUCUGGAAUUAUUCAAGAAGGCGUUGAAGUAUCAUAUGUGGUCAAAAACCGGCAACAGACCCAAGAACGGCGCACAAGUAAGGAUUCCAAUAGUUUGUACUCCUUGAAAGAGCCCGUGAGCAAGAACGAGUUACCGUCGUUGCCCAUGUUGCCUUCAGAAGCGACAUUGACAAAACAUCUAAGUGAUAACCAAAGCACAAAAUCGAAUACCAAUGCAGACGAAAUUGUCAUUAAACCAGUUACUAAUGCCAAACCUGUGGGAAGGUUUAACUCUAACACUUCAAAAAAAGUAGAGGGUCGUGGCUCACUGAAACUGUUAUCUAGUCCUCUACGUCAGGAAAAAGUUAUGCGUUCCUCUAUAGGAUCAGGUAAUUUGGCCAGCGAGAGCGGAUCUUCCACUUAUAAUACCAAAUUCCAUCAAUCUAUUCAAGAGCAGCUCGAAGAAGAAGAGGAAGGAAAUGUUAGCGAUAAGCUUUCAAUUGUUUCCAGUGUCAUACCCGAGUUGUAUACAACCACCAACGAAGCACCCAAAGCGAUAAACCCAAUACGUUCUGAAACCAAUGACUACAAUCCAACUAUUCCGCCCAGAAGUAAGGACCGUCCUAGGUCAAGGUUGUUCAUCGAAGAAGGUGAUGGCGAGGGGGAUCUUUUAACCGAAGAAAUAUUACCAACGCCGGUCCAACCUGGUGGCCACUAUAAGAACUCAUCUCAGAUUUCCACAGUUAGUGAACAAAAAUCGGAAUCUUACUAUUCUGCGGCAACGAGUAUGCCUCCAGAGGAAGAGACUUACUUGACAAGACCAUUGCCCAGCACACCCAAUGAGGAUAGCAGAGUUACAUCGAAUUUGAAACGUGACGACACAUUGAAGGCUAUUCAUGAUAGGGCAAAUCAUACCUCUACUUCGACAAACAAACAAGAUGAUGACAUGUACGAGGACAUCAUUGAGGAAACGCCCAAGAAAACUAAACUCAAGAAGGAUACGAAAAAAAAGCUCAAUAAAAAAAAAUCUGUGAAGGAAUUGCGAUCCUUUGAUAUCGACACACUAAAUCAACUGUUGAGUGUGACAAAGGGAACCUUAAUCGGGUCUGAAUUUGCGCAACUGGGGAUGAAAAUUGAGGAGAAACGUGCCCUGGAGAGACUAGUAGACUCUUUGUCCAGGUUAACAGCAGACAUGGUUCUUGAUCCGGACCGCUAUGAAGAAGGACUGAAAAGAUUAGACAAAGCUACAAAGGCUCUUGAAGGGUUUUGA